AUGGACAAAUAUCACCCUGGUUACUUCGGAAAGGUCGGUAUGCGACACUUCCACCUCCAGAGAAACCACUACUGGAAGCCUACGAUCAACCUCGACAAGCUCUGGUCAUUGGUUCCCGAAGAGACCCGCGAAGCCUAUGUUUCUGGCAAGAAGACUGAUACCGCCCCUGUUCUCAACCUCCUUCCUCUCGGAUUCUCCAAAGUUCUAGGCAAGGGUAGAAUCCCAGAGGUUCCAAUCGUUGUCCGUGCAAGAUGGUUCAGCAAGGAGGCAGAGCGCAAGAUCAAAGAGGCUGGUGGCGUUGUUGAAUUGGUCGCAUAA